CUCUCUCUAUCUCCUCCCUCUUUCCAAACCUUCGACUAGGACAUGGCACCAUCUGGACUUUAUAGUGCACACACAAACACAACCUCACACGUACACACAAACAUCACUCACACACACAUACAUACAGACAUAUGUACAAAUUUAAAAAAAAAAAGGGAAAAUGGCUACUGUUCACACCUGCUACAAGGAUGCCCAGUAUUAUCAACACGACUACUCAUACACAUAGGAGACACACACCCACAAACAAACACACACACACGGAUGUUCUUAACAGUUAUCCAAAACAUUCGUUAGGCCACGAAACAAAACAAAUUUACAAGUAAGUAGUCUAUCACAAUUAAGUGAAAGCCUUGCCUUUUAAUUGCUCUUUAAUGGACCGCCAUCAUUUGUUUUUCUCUUAAAAACACAUUACAACAAGCAAAAACUUCAACCUCAAAAUAACGAGAACAAAAAUAAAAUGUAUUACAGCAUCUCACUAACAACUUGAGAACACCUCUAGCACUGGAAGUAUUGUUGUUUUACUGUUGUUGUUCUUUUUAAUUCCUCUGAUGGGGCUGUGCCGGAAACGCUCUGAAAGAUUUGUGGAGCGGUCUCGCAGAAGGCGCUUGAUGCACAGUACGGGCCACAAUGUCAUUCCUAUCAACAUUGAAGGCAAACACUGGAAGUUUCUCUCAGACAUCUACACCACUCUUAUAGAUAUACAAUGGAGAUGGAAUAUUUUAAUCUUCAUCAGUGGACUAGUCGUCACCUGGUUUCUAUUCGCAUGCCUCUUUUAUUUGCUCUGCUAUUUACACGGCGACAUGGACGAGCAGCCGGAGAGCUUCAAGCCUUGCCUACAGAAUGUUACAACCAUCACGGCAGCCUACCUGUUCUCCAUUGAGACCAUGACUACCAUAGGAUACGGAAAGCGGUACCAGACAGAAGAGUGUCCGGAGAUGUACAUCCUGGUGAUGCUGCAGUCCAUCAUUGGUGCCGGACUACAGUUUGCACUGGCUAGUCUUGUUGUCUCCAAAACGAGGCGCGCUAAAAGGCGUUGCGAGACGAUUAUGUUCAGCAACCAGGUGUGUCUAUAUGAGCAGGACGCUCAGCUACACCUGUCUGUCAGGAUCGGCGACAUGAGAAGAUCGGAUAUAACAGGGGCUCACGCUGAAGGCUUUCUUGUCAUGAAACACGAGUCCAAAGAAGGCGGUUUUGUCCCAGUCAGGUCGUUCCGAGUCCAUUUUAUGUCAGAAAGUGGACGCAGUGAAAUAUUUUUCCCUUGGCCCACUCAGAUUAUACACGUAGUGGACAGUGAGUCUCCUCUGUGGUCAUUGUCCAGAGAUGAGCUUCUCGAUGGCCAGCACGAGCUAAUUGUUGUCAUUGAUGCUGUCUGUGGUGCCACCUGUCGGCCAUUUCAGGCUAGAAAGUCAUAUCAAACGUCGGAGAUGAUGUGGGGCUACAGGUUCUCAAAUCUUGAGAUGACAUGCUCACAGGGAGAUCAUUACCUCAUGGAUUUGUCCAACUUUCACCAAACUACCCCGGUAGCCACAUCAAUACUCAGCGCUGAAAACAAAACGAAUCUCCAGGUUAUGUGCGACUCCAGAACCACCAAGGUAGUAGACACCAUCUCAUCUUCCUCACCAAAUACUCCGGAAUCAUGCUCAAAUCUCGCUGAGGCCACAGGUGUGCACUCUGCCUCAGACAAGGAACUCCCUGAACGCGCCAACAGCGCUGGGGACAUGCUCCAUUGCAAGCGACGGUAUUCCCUAGGGGAGAUGAUCCGCGUAGCCCAUGGCCAGAGAAGAUUCGGCAGGAGAAGACAAUCCAUCGACGACGCUGUGAACUUUUACAAACACCGACCGAGCAUAACAGACACUUACUUAGGGGAGGGGAAUAUUAUGCACGAUGCACCGGAUGCAGAAAACAGCUUGGUUCUGACAGGGUUGGUCAGCAGAAGUUUGUCGUUAAAAGGUAAGGACCUGGCGGAUGUAAUCAAGAGAAAAAGCCACGGCACAGCACUGCUGUUCAAGUCUUUUGAAAGCUCAAGUUUCUCUGGCCAAGACGAAGACACGCCCGGAACUAAAAGUGCAGACCAAUCCCCUCCUCCUCAAAAACCAAGCCUGGAUGCCAGCCUCUAACUGUCAUAAUAACAAAGACUUUUUUCACAUCAACAAACUUUCGCUAGAGCGCCAUGUUUGCAAACGGUUUGUUUUGUAUUUUGUUUUUAGUUCUGCAAACGUUUUUUCCCCCACAAUAAUACAAGCGUGUUAGGUUUUAUA